AUGGCGCCCAAGGCCGAGAAGAAGCCUGCUGAGGAGGAGCCGACGACCGAGAAGGCAGAGAAGACCCCGGCGGGGAAGAAGCCUAAGGCCGAGAAGAGACUACCGGCUGGCAAGUCCGCCGACAAGGACGGUGAGAAGAAGGGCAAGAAGAAGGUGAAGAAGAGCAUGGAGACUUACAAGUUAUAUAUCUUCAAGGUGCUGAAGCAGGUCCACCCCGACAUCGCCAUCUCCUCCAAGGCUAUGUCCAUCAUGAACUCAUUCAUCAACGAUGUUUUUGAGAAGCUGACGGCGGAGGCGGCCAAGCUUGCCCGGUACAACAAGAAGUCCACCAUCACCUCCCGCGAGAUCCAGACCUCGGUCUGCCUCAUCCUCCCUGGCGAGCUCGCCAAGCACGCCGUCUCCGAGGGCACCAAGGCCGUCACCAAGUUUACCACCUCUUAG